AAGUGUGCUGGAAGGGGCGACCCGGCCCCAGAUUCAAUCGCUGUCAUGGCUGCACGGUCUGUCACUCUCGGCAUCGACCUGGGCACCACGUCUGUGAAGGCGGCCCUGGUGGAGGCCGCGCGCGGCGACCCUUCCGGGUUCGUGGUACUGGCGAGCUGUGCCCGGCCUACGCGUGCCGAGACGGCGGCCCAGAGCGCGGCGGCGGGGCCCCAGGGGCAAGAGCAGGAUGUGAGGAGAAUCGUCCAGGCCCUCCACGAGUGCCUUGCUGCCCUUCCCCGGCAGCAGCUCUGCAAGGUCUGUGGCAUCGGAGUGUCAGGACAGAUGCAUGGAGUCAUGUUCUGGAAAACAGACCAAGGUUGUGAAUGGACAAAGGCGGGGGCUGCCCCUGUGUUCGAGCCCAGAGCUGUGAGCCACCUGGUGACGUGGCAGGAUGGCCGGUGUGGCAGCGAGUUCCUGGCUUCCCUGCCCAGGCCGGAGUCUCAUCUCAGUGUGGCCACGGGGUUUGGCUGUGCAACCAUCUUCUGGCUUUUGAAACAUAGCCCAGAGUUCCUGAAGUCCUACGAUGCAGCUGGUACCAUCCAUGACUACGUGGUGACCAUGUUGUGCGGCUUGACAAGACCCCUGAUGUCCGACCAGAAUGCCGCGAGCUGGGGAUAUUUCAACACCAGGAGCCAAACCUGGAACUUGGAGAUACUGAGGGACGCAGGCUUUCCUGUCCACCUGCUCCCGGACGUCACCGAGCCUGGCAAUGUUGCAGGCAGAACUUCCCAGACCUGGUUUGAGAUCCCAAAGGGGACACAGGUGGGCGUGGCCUUGGGGGAUUUGCAGGCCUCUGUCUAUUCCUGUAUGGCCCAAAGGACAGACGCAGUUCUCAACAUCAGCACCUCGGUGCAGCUGGUAGCCUCCAUGCCUUCAGGAUUCCAGCCAGUGCAGACUCCAGACCCUGCAGCUCCGGUCGCCUACUUCCCGUACUUUGACAGGACCUACCUGGCGGUGGCAGCAUCACUCAACGGGGGCAACGUGCUGGCCACGUUCGUCCACAUGCUGGUCCAGUGGAUGGCGGAUCUAGGCCUGGAGGUUGAAGAAUCCACUGUGUACUCACGCAUGAUCCAGGCUGCUGCACGGCAGAAAGACACCUGCCUGAACAUCACUCCCACAGUGCUGGGCGAGAGGCACCUGCCAGACCAGCUGGCCUCAGUGACCAGAAUCUCCUCCUCUGACCUCUCCCUGGGGCACGUGACCCGGGCCCUGUGCAGAGGCAUCGUUCAGAACCUGCACUCGAUGCUUCCUUUCCAGCAGCUCCAAGAGUGGGGCGUGGAGCGGGUGAUCGGCAGUGGAGGUGCGCUGUCCAGGAACCAGGUGCUGAAGCAAGAGGUGCAGAGGGCGUUCCCUUUCCCAGUGUCCUAUGGGCAGGAUGUAGACGCAGCUGUAGGGGCCGCUCUGGUUAUGCUCCGGAGAAACCUUAACCAGCAGGAGUAUUAGCAAACUCUUUGGCCAAAGGGCUGUUGCAAAGUUUAUCUAAUUAACGUUCCUCUCCUUAUCUUGGGAUCAUGCUUCUCCUGGACAGCUCUGUGGGCCGUUUUAAGCAAUGCUUGUUCUCAGGGCAUCAUUUUGACCAAGAACGAAUCUUCAGGGCACACUCUAAUAAUGCAGCCAGGAGUCAUCAACCAGGUCCCAAACCAGAGACUCAGCUGAGAGCUGUUUGCAAAUGUAAAUGUGGGAGAGACAGAGAGAAAGGGAAAGAUGGGUCACAUGUACUGUUGGAAGAGUCUUCCCUACUGGAUUGUACCACGUGACCCUGAGGCCCCUUUCCCCAUCUUGUUCUCCUCUGGCCACAGCCCGCUAGCUGGGGCAGGAGGAGACCCAAGGACAGUGACGCAGGCUGGCUGAGAUAAAGAUGCAGGGAUCUGUGCUGGCCUUCUUGUCACGUACCUCCCCUCCAAGGAGAGCCUGCUUGGUGCCGCCAUGGUUCCUCACAACGCAGCUGGCUUGGAGGCACAGAACAGAGAAGAAAACGUGGAUGGCACGACCAGCCAAGGGGACAGAUGCCGCAUAACGCCACCAUUCAGGCAUGUUGUUCCCAAGAGUCCGACCAGACACCGGCAAGACUCUUUUCCAAGAGUGUGUCUGUGCAGCAGUGUGUUUUUGCCCCUGUGCGUCCCUGGGAAGCCUUCCAAGGGAAGGGAUGCAGCUGCACAUGCUCCUGUUGGAGAGAGAGCAGAGAGAAUCCCUCGUCCCAAAUGCCCCAGCUCUUCUUUCUCUUGGUGUGGGCCUUGCUGGCUCGCCAUGUGUGCCUGGCUCGCAGAAACAUCCCACUUGAGCCGGCAUCUCUGCAGGGAUCCCGGAGCAUCUUAAACCUUCCCGUGGUUGGUAGGAUGACCAUGGAAUGGCUUCCAGGAGAGGGCCACCAUCGCUGU